AUGGAAUCCAGAAAGCGUCCUCAUACGGACGAUGGGGACGUCUCCGUUGCAAAGAAACGAGUUCUCACAGGUUCAAAUGGCACACCACAUGUCAAUGGCCCCAACGACCAAACCGAGGAUGAACAGGUUUUUCAGGCUGGCCUUGAGAACUUUCGAAAGGAGGCUAUUUAUCGGAGAAUGAAGCACUACAGUCGCGAGAAUGAGCGUAAUUUAGCAAGAAUUGAAGAUCUCGAACGUCGGAAAGAGACAUGCGAAGCUGGUUUGGCGGCAAUGUCUGCAUGCUGGGCACAGCUCAUUGAAACGAUUCGACUGCUCAUUCAUACGGAUAAUCUUCCAGAGAAUCAUAUCAAGGGCAAAGACAUCUUCGACUUGAGUUCGCGUCUGCAGGAGGAGACCACACCCGCUCUGAAGUCAGCUAUUGGUGAAGCGGCAAAAGCGACUGAGGCAUUAGUAGCCAAGUUUGCGACCCUAGCAGCAGAACAAAAGCCCGAAAUUUUGCGGAACGACACAUUCCAAGAAUGUCAAAGGGCGCAAACCGAGUGUGCUGCCCUUCAGUCAGACCUCCAACUAACGCGACAACAGCUCCAAGAUUGUAUAAACGAACGGGACAAGUACCACAACGAACUCAUUGCGACCCAGAAUCGUAUAGAGCGGUCACAAAGUCGGACAGUACUCGCUGUCGAAUCCCGGCAACCAUCAAGUACAGCGAACAGCGUGAACGGUGAUGCAGAGGAUACACAGCGCAAGCCGUCCUCUCCUUCAGAAUCGCCGAAGCCGUCUUCGAAUGCACCCGAGAAUGCAAUGGCUACCGACGCACCGCCUGAACUCUUGCAGCUUAGAGAAAAUAAGAUUGUGGAAUUGGAGAAGGAGGUCGCAUCUCUGAAAGCUCGAGCCAUGGUCAAGGAAGCCGAGUACUCAGCAGUGCCAAUGAAGGCUCUUGAAGAGAAUGUCGUGUAUCGCGCUUUGGUGGAGCGGUGUAACGAUUAUAAACAACAGGCGACCAACUUGCAAGAAGAGCUCAGCCAUGUCAGGGAAGAGAACCAUAACCUCAAGGCAAUGAGAGCCGACUGGGAAAGCAAGAUUCUGGGACAUUUGAAGGCCCACAACGAGGAGCUCAAGAGCACAAUUGCGAAACGCGAUGCCGAGAAUACGCGACUGCGAGAGCAGCGAGACCAGCAGCAAGCGGAGCUGAACGAACGCAAGCACAAGGACGGUGUCAAAAUAAACCAGAUAAAUGAGCUCAAAAACCUGGUCGAGCAGCGUAAAGGUCAGAUUUGUAUCCUGCAGUCUGAGAUUCGACGGUGCAAAGCUCGGUUAGCUGCGAAUGAGAGGCAGGAGGACUUAAUGAAAUUCUUCCUGGGCGCCAAGGAUGACCCUGGCGUUGUGGACUAUGUGAAGUCACUCGAGCAAGAGAAAAAGGAACUUUCAGCUCGCGCAGAUGCUCUGAAUGACGCUCUCAGCCGCUGCAGCGAAACCAAUCCAGACGUCGCCACGCAUAUCAAUGCGCACGCCGAAGCGGAGGAGAAGCUGAAGCAGGUUACUUCAGAGUUGACCAAGUUCAAGCAGGUUUUCGGCGAUCUCCAGAGUCUUCCUCCAGAUACCGCCGAACUGGCUGCCCGUCUGCAGACUCAAUCCGAAGAAAUAGAGCGGCUACGGCUUCUGAAUAAGCAAUAUGAACAGUCGGAAGCCGGUCUGUACGAGGAGAUUGAGAAGUUGUCUACGGCUUGGGAGAGCUUCGAUAAGCAGCUAAGCAACAAAGUCUUCGACCUCGCCAACAUGGAGGAACGACUGCAGAAGAGCGUUGUCGAGAAAGCCAAGUCGGACAACAAGUACUUCUCAGCAAUGCGCGAGAAAGAGGCUAUUGACAUGGAGCGCAAGAACCUUCAGCGUGUGUUGGAGAAGCAGGGCAAGGCGUUGGACCGCUUCGCCGAAGUCGACAAGAGCGUCAAAGCCAUGCAGGAUGGUCUGCAGAAGUCACUGGCAACCGCCGAGAAGGCUAAGGAUGCCUGUGAAGCCCAUAAUCGCGAAUUGCAAGCCCAACUUGCCCAUGCGAAGACGUGUUUGCAAUUGGAGAAGGCAUCGUUGACCACUCUGUCGACGUUAAUUGCGAAUCGGGAUCGAGAAUGGCAGGUGGCGGCGGAACGAAUGAGGCGGGCUGAGGAUGACUAUUAUAGGGCGAAGAAGCAGGCACAGCAGGAGAUACAGCGUAUGAAGGAGGAAGCGGCGGCUCGUGUUGUUCAUAAGCAUGGAAGUGGGUCGAAGGAUGAUGCAGAGUAUCAACACCUUCGCUCCUUGCUUCUCUGCUCAACGUGCGGUACCAAUUUCCGAUCCGUUAUCAUCACGAAGUGCAUGCACAGUUCGUCAUACUUGUUCUUCUUCGAUGCGGCCUCCAGCUGA